UGUCAGGUGGGGAAAUCCCACAACUAGGAAGUAGUAACAGUGGUAAACAAGGGUAGCCGGCUCAUGUAAUGCUAUGCAGGAGAAAUAAAAAAAUAAAUAUGUCCUUGACAGCCGGUGUGUGGAUGCUGUUUUUUGUGGGUUUAUGGGGCCGCACCAAACCUCUCGACAACGGCCUGGCGAGGACCCCCACGAUGGGUUGGCUGCACUGGGAGAGGUUCAUGUGUAACACCAACUGUGACGCCGAUCCGGAUAACUGCAUAAGUGAACGUCUGUACAUGCUGAUGGCAGACGUCAUGGCGGCAGAGGGCUGGAGGGAAGCCGGCUACCAGUACGUCUGCAUUGACGACUGCUGGAUGAGUCCAAGUCGAGACGCCGGGGGCCGCCUGCAAGCGGACCCCCGCAGAUUCCCGGGGGGCAUCAAAAAUCUGGCCGACUAUGUGCACUCCAAGGGUCUUAAGUUGGGCAUUUACGCAGAUGUUGGCACAAGCACCUGUGCCGGAUACCCUGGCAGUCUGGCUCACUACGACACAGACGCCCAAACUUUUGCUGAGUGGGAAGUCGACCUGCUCAAGUUUGACGGCUGCUCCAUGGACACCACUUUGCUUGAGGAAGGCUAUGUGAACAUGUCCAAAGCAUUGAACAGAACCGGAAGACCCAUCUUAUAUUCCUGCGAGUGGCCUUUGUACGAGUGGCCUUCCCAAAAGCCUAACUACAACACCAUUGCAGAGACGUGCAACCAGUGGCGCAAUUUCGCAGACGUCUACGAUUCAUGGAGCAGCGUCAAGUCCAUCUUGGAUUGGACUGCUACUCAUCAGGACAUUAUUGUCCCCCCAGCUGGUCCCGGCGGCUGGAAUGACCCAGAUAUGCUGGUGAUUGGGAACUUUGGCCUGAGUCGAGACCAGCAAGAGUCCCAAAUGGCGCUAUGGGCCAUCAUGGCGGCCCCGCUGCUCAUGUCCAAUGACCUGAGAUCCAUCUGUCGUCACUCGAAGGAGCUGCUGCAGAACCGCCACAUCAUCGCCAUUAGCCAGGACGAGCUGGGCAAGCAGGGAUACCGCACAGCCAAGGUGGACCAUUUUGAGGUGUGGGAGAGACCUCUGUCUCAAGGCUGGCUUGCCAUAGCAGUACUCAAUGCACUGGAGAUAGGAGGCCCACGCAGCUUCUCCUUACAAGCAUCUCCUGGCUGGAAGACAUGCACACCGCUUUGCAACAUCACCCAGAUUCUGCCCCAGUAUGAGGAGGUCGGGGUUCAAAUUGGACACCAGGUGUCAGUUAACCCUUCAGGCACUGCUCUGCUUGUCAUCACGCCCAUCAGCAUUAAACGGCAUGACCAACGAUUCCUUAAAAUGCAGUGGUCGGAAAAACCGAUGCUUCUCUAGACAAAAUAAUAAAACAUUUUCUGAUUAUAUUCGGUGCAGAGUCGAUAUGGUCUGCCAUUUUCGGUGACUAACUUGUCAGUAUAGCUUGCUGCACUGGUUUCCAUAAUGAGCAUCACAAUAUUCACAGUGAAGAUGACUGAGAAGCAGUUUGGUUAAUUUUAACACAUUUAUUGAAAAUGGUGACAACUUGAUCCAGAAGAGUGGCUCACAGCUUAGAACUGGAUGACCUGGCCCUGUUGAAAGAACACAAGUAUUGUCAGGAGGAGAAAACACAGCUGCUCGAAUAUGUCAAUGGCAGAUAUAUGGCUUUAAGAUGGAGCAAUGGAAAGCAAAUGUUGAAAUAAAAAAAAUGACCCCAUUACACAUCACGUCUACACUCGUUUUGACCUUUGGUCAGUGAGGCAUGACAAAUGUGCUUCAUUUAUGGUGCACCCUUAUUGUUAAAACCGGAGUAAUUUGGCUUUCAAAUCCACCUUUUCUUGUUGCCUGUCCAUGAACCUAAGAGCUUUUGUAAUGUCAUUGCGCAAAGGUCAGGUUGAUUUUAAGAAAGCACUAAGAGUGAAAUAUUCCUGACAUUUGUUCAAACCAUUGUGGUCACUGUUCAAUAAAUUACAUUGAACACAAGUACCUCCAAAGCCAAACUCCCCCAAAGUUGUGAGACAAACCCAAUGGUACCACCAAUUGCACAUUCAAAUCCAAGUCAUCUUUUGCACAGAUGCACACACUGUUCCAUCCAUACUACACUUCAGAGUUCACAUCAGUACAAUGGUCCAUGUACUCUCACCACGCACAAGGAAUCAAAAAAUUUGAUCCAGCAAAAGCCAAAAGAAGUAGAGCUCCUGUGUCUCUCCCUCUGAAGAGGAUUGAAAAAGUAAAACGAAGAGACAGGCCUCUUUUUUUGUGGACAAGCAUGUGCAAGCUGUGUAAAGACUGACAUUUUCAUUUUUGCUCUGGGCACGAAAAUACAGCCCACAUAGUGCAACCGCUGAACAUGAACCAAUUCAGCACAUUGGCACACGAAACGAGCGGCAUCUGAGGCGAGGUAUCACCAGUGCUUUCUUUGUUGGUGCGGCGCCUGCGUGAUCAUUUGCUUUAUAUGUGUACAGCGUGCAUGGUCACAAAAAUGAGGAUACGUGCGAUCAAAUGCAGCGGGGUCCGUAGCCUCUGCAACGGGUGGACAACGAUACUUACACCACAUGUACCAAUGUGCACCCUGUGGCCACGUGAAUGUGCAAAGUAAGAAUUGGCCUCAAGUGUUCACACUAAUGUAGAGAGCGGCAGUUACCAAGACUUGCUCAAGAAACAGUGUUUUGUGACAGUCUUACCUUUCUCUUCUUGUCACCUCCCAACUCAAAGUGCUUGCAUCGCUUGAUGGCCAGCAUCCUCUUGGAUCUGCAGUUGGCCUCCAUGCACUCGAGCCUCAGCACAAUCUUCUUUGUUGUCUUAGCCUGGAAACGAGGUGAGGAUAGUGUGUGAGGGUUCACACACGCACGGCAGACCUUUGCAACAAGGAUGGUUGAACUCACCUUUUUACGGAAGAUGGGCUUGGUCUGACCACCGUAGCCGCUCUGCUUCCGAUCGUAUCUCCUCUUACCUGCAGGACAUUCACUCAUUAAUUACAUAACUGUGGUCAAAUCUAAUGAUCCAAUCUCCUUGUCCCACUAUCUCCUAUCCAGUAACCUACACACCAGUAUGUAAACUUAACAGGCACCAAGCGCCAUUUUUUCCUCCAACAUGGAGCUAAACAACCAAUGAAAAUGUUUGUUCGCACCAUGCUUUUACAAUCUGUAAUGGGUGCCAAACCACAUUUCUGAUGUUUCUUCAAGACUUGCAACACUUGAAGCAGAUGGCAUUGUAUGUUGUAAUAGCUUGAAUUAUGAUUGUGCAGAUGAUUGACGGUUUCAAUGAAAUGAGCCUGGGCCCCGCAGGGUACCGUCAUAUUUACUGUUUGUCAUUAAACUGUGUUAUAUUCUUGGUGGAGAAGUGUUCAUACAGGUAUUUACUGUACUCAUGACAUUUCUAUUGCAUUAGCAUAGGUUAGUGACAGACAAGGCCAUGUUGGUGGCCUGUGCGUUGUUUUGUUUGGGUGCUCUGCAAAUACUAGAAUACUGUAGUUAACUUGGAGUGCCAGCGUCCAAAAUUUGUUAACACGAGGUGUUUGGCUGCAAAGAUUACGGGUAGGAGAGGCAAAGUCUCAUUUCACCCUGGACCGGCACCAAUUUCAAAUAAGGAUGAGAAGAAGAAUAUUUGUCAAAGAAGAUAUGAUUGUGGCUUUCCAAGUCAGUUGAGCUGAUCUCAUUCUCGCCAAUUCCUCCGUCAAUAAAUUGUUCUCAAAACAUUCAAGGUAAAGUGAAAUUUAGAAACAUUAGAAAAUGAAUGUUACAUAUCGUAAAUAGAGCACAUUUAACAGGUCCACGAGAGGAAAACCAAUUGAUAUGGGGUCUACUGAUGUGUGUAUGUAUUCAAUACAUAGUAUAAACCCAGCGCAAAUUAACACAUACAAUAAAACACUUGCCCUGAGCAUAGAGGGAAUCCUUGCCCUUCUUGUACUGGGUGACUUUGUGGGGUUGGUGCUUCUUGCACUUCUUGCAGUAGGUCCUGCGGGUCUUCGGGACGUUCACC